UAAAGUAAUAUUUUUUUCGCACAUCAAACUUUGACAACGCCAUCCAAAUUUGUUCAAAAUUUCCUUUUGCAUAAGAUAACGAUUUUGUUACUUUAUAGCUUGAACCAAAUUGAAGCUGAAAUGGAAGUUCAUGUGCCUGGCGAUACCAAAAAUGGGGUUGCCCAGCGCACCUGGCGUCGCAUUCUGGAGCACCUGGCGCCGAUCAAGGGUUGCCAGGCGAUCCCGCGGGAAAUCAGUUGGUACCGAGGACUAUCCCAAUCCCAGUUGGAGGCAGCCAACAGCUUGUGCAAUAUGCUGAGGGAUAACAUGGACGAGAUGGCGGCCUCGGGGCUGGCAAAGAUAUUGGUGCGUUUGGGAUUGCAUCCCACGCCGCCGGUGAAAACGCUCCAUCUGGUGAUGCAUCUGAGCCGGGGAAACGACCUGGCCUUCCUCUGGUUCCUCAUGGAGAUGUGCUACAAGACGCCGCAUCAUGGCCAGACCUACAGCGUCAACGAGCAGAUCAUCAUGUCGAGCAUCUUCCGGCUGGACUUGUUACCCACUCUAAGGGAACUGGAUCGCUGGCUCCCGCUGCCACAUGCCUCCCAAAUGGAUAGGGACAAAGCCGAGCGCCUUAGACAAAGUCAAAAGUUGAAGAAGAAAAGGGAUGUGGAACUGGAGCGGCAAAAGGAGCUGGCCAAAAAGGAGAAGAUCAUGACGCCCCUGUCGCCGUACUUUCAAGAACAAAACAUUGCCGGAUUAUUGCGAAAUGAGUGCAGAUUGCUCUCCGAUUUUCCCGCCAACUCAGCCAGUCUACUCGAAAUGGAGGAGGAACCGCCCGAAUCAAAUCUAUGGUCCCGCUGGUUUGGCAGCUACAAAUUAAGCGAGUCCCAUCGAAUUGGCAAAGGCAUAAUUUUCGAGGAGAUCAACAGCAUUUUUGAGUCGUUUAGGCGAGCCUCACUGCCACCCCGCGAUGUGGAGUCCCUGUGUGCCCAUCAUCAGUACAUUCGAGAGAUGGAAAAGUCCCUGAAGGCCCAACUGGAAGCCAUAAAGCAGCGGAAGUGCGAGGAGCUGAUCACAGUCAGAAAUCGGCUGGAGGAGAGGAAACGGAAGCGAGUCGUUCAGGAGCUAGAAGAAAUGAGUGCCUGUUAUUUGAAACGAUUUCAGGACAUGGCAGACCGGGCCAGAUUGGCCUCUACCAGGAAACAGCUCUUUGGCGGCACUUCCGCCAGUGCAUUAACCUUUGGUUGCCCAGCAAUGGAACACAAGUGCGAUGAUUUCGAGGAGGAAAGGUGUCAGACUUUCGAGGCAGACAGGCCACCAGAAAGGCCUCCCAUUAAAAGGCCCAAAAGAAGAAGCAGAUCCGGCAGUAGGUCAAGGCUAUCGAGUGGAGCCGAAGCCAAGCCCAAAUCGAUGAAGAAGUCUAGACCCAGAUCCAGAUCCAGUUCAAGAAAUCGAGCCAAAAGAAAGGCCAACAGAUUGUCUGACAAAAAGUCUUUAGAGGAAACGGUAGUGAAGCAAGUGCCGCCCCGAAAAGGCAGAAACGAAUUCCCAGAUAUAAUGGUCAAGUUACUGAAAGGCAACAGACCCAUCUUACCAGGCUGCCCAGACUUUCGGCCCGAGUCCACAAAGUGCGCCAAAUGCCAAAUCUACAAUCCCCAAGAGGGCUUGCCCUGGAACCGAACCCCAAAACAACGUCCCAGUAGCCUGAUGCAGUUCCUCCAGUUGUGCGGCACUGGGCAGGCUGAGCAGAAAGAUUCAGAUCCUGGACAGCAGGAUACAAAUCCUUCUUCUCAACCCGACCGAAAGGAAAGUGUGCAGCUGUUGGAACUGGGACCACCAGGCUGUAAUUGUGUAAAGUUUAACUAUCGUGAGUUAUUUGGCUCGCUGCAGAGGACUCAUUUGGACGACGAGAGGAUGCGUCUGAAGGAGGCCUUUGUGCGGGCCAUCGACGACGAUGUGCAGUACCUAAGUGCUGCUUUGAACGGCGGGGAAGAGGGUUCCCUGGAUGCCCUGGUUGAUAGAGCGGCCAAGCGGGUUUUUGCCAAGGAUGUGAAGACUUUCCACAAAGAACUGGAGCGAUUGCAGAGGAAAAAGGCUGCCGGAGAGAAGGAUCGACGAACAUCGCGCCUGAACUUUGGCCAGGAUUUCUACGAUCCCGAGAACCUGCCCUUGAUGAAGGAGAUGCUCAGACUGGGUCUGGAAAAAGUGGCCAAGGACAAGCGAUAUGUACUGCCCACCCUGCCGCAUGUACAUUGUGUGCCCUAUCUCAUUGAAUGGAUUCGCCUGCGCUACGGCAAACGUUACUCCUACAGGGAAAAGGAAAAUAUGCUGGUGAAGGAUAUGGUGGUCAUGGACCAACUAGCCUGGAUGAUGCGCACCGAUCUGGUGAACAUACCCUCCCUCCCUGUCGGCGGUAACGUUAGGGACCUGGCCAAACUAAGGAAAUACGCCAAAUGCCACAGGGAGCUGCACACCAACCGAUUCCUCGAAGCCAUUAUGGAAGUGGAGCGGGUCUUCUUUUCCGCCAUGAAACCCCAGCUCAGCAAUGCGGCAACGGAGUCCACAUUUUUAGCCUACUUGCCAGCCCACUUUAACGACUUGGCCUUCACCGUCAACAAUGCAAACGUACCAAUGGGAAUUUCACAUUAACUGACCAUUUUAUAUAUAAAUACGAAUUUCCCCGGAA